CGGGCAGUUUGAUGCUUAUCUCCCUUAGCAAUCGUAGAAAUAUACGUCACGUGACUUAUUCAAGAUGGCAGCGACCAAGCGGCUAACGAAGGAACUUGGGGACUUGAGGAAGAGUGAUGUAAAAUAUUUCAGAAAUAUAACUGUGGAUGAGUCAAACAUCUUGUAUUGGCAAGGUCUUUUAGUACCAGAACAGCCUCCAUAUAAUAAAGGAGCAUUUAGGAUAGAAAUAGUAUUCCCUGCAGAGUAUCCAUUUAAACCACCCAAAGUAACAUUUAAGACAAAGAUUUAUCACCCAAACAUUGAUGAAAAAGGACAAGUUUGUUUACCAAUUAUAAGUCCCGAGAAUUGGAAGCCAGCAACUAAAACAGAUCAGGUUAUACAAUCAUUAAUAGACUUAGUUCACAAUCCUGAGCCUGAACACCCACUCAGGGCAGAUGUUGCAGAGGAGUUCACAAAAAACAAUGCCAAAUUUAUGAAAAAUGCAGAGGAGUUCACAAAGAAACAUGCAGAAAAACGUCCAUAUGAUUAAUAAUGUGAAAAGUUAUUAAUAGAAGAUGGGAGACCAGUGUUGUUCAUAGAAAGAAGAAGGCUGGGAGAAGAAAUGUUAUGAAAGUGAACAUUUUGCCUUUGAGUUCCCUUUAAAAAGGAUUGAUAUAUAUAUAUUUUAAUGCAAAAAACUGUUUCUUUAAGAAAUAUUCGUAUGUUCUUCAUAUUAGCUUAUAAUAAUAAUUCUGUAUUUAAUUAAGGUCCUUAUGGAAAAGUUGGUUUGCUUAUAAGAGUGGGUUUUUUUCCAGUCAUUGCUAAGUGAGCAAUGUAAACUUCAGUAUUCUGAAAAUUCCCUUUGCAAUAAUAUGUACAUGGAUAUAAAGGAGGGGGAAAAAACAGAGAACUAUUUGAAUUUCAGAGAACUUGAACAUGAAUUUGCAUGACAUAGAGAGGAGUUUCAUUUCUGGACGUUGUAAGCAAUUUUUUUUUGACUUGCCUGAGUUCUAAUUAUUGUGGGUUUUAAUUACCAAGAAGUAAUUGACUUUUAAUUUAUUAAAAUAUGGAUGUGUAAAGUCACAUAUCACUUGGUGUAUUUGUUACUAAGCUGUGAUUAGGCUGCAAUGCUAGUUUUCCACUCAGUCAACAGUGUAUCUGUGGCAUUUAUACAAUCACAAAUGAAUGUGUGAGCGAAUUCUCUUUUUCUUUUGUAGACUUAAUUGCUCUGUAGUUUAAUGCAAUAUAAAUUUGUCAUCACACAAUAUCAAAACUGUUUUUCAAUGUAAACAUGUGCAAUGUAAUAGCAUUAUACUCUGCAAAAAUAUAGUUUUCCAGUGAAAAGGUAAAAAUAUCCAGUUUUUUCCCAUGAUGCUCAGCGACACACUCGGUACUAUCCCCAGACCUGAUUUAAAUGUCUGUAUGCACCGGAUCAUCUGAUCAUGAACCCUAUGUUGUAGCCACAUGAUCAGUCAUAUGCAAUGUUCUCAAAUAAAAAAAAAAUCUGAACAAAA